CGCGCGGGGCGGCGCGGUUGCCCUUUUGAAUGCCUCCUGCGGCUCGGAGCGCUGGCGGGCGCUGGAGUGUGAGUGAAUGUAGCCCCGCGGAGCCAAUGAGCUGGGACCGGAUGCGAUAUAUCCUCUGGGACAACAACUGCUCUGUUCCGCCUCGGAUCCACAUGACGCCAUUUACUGCUGCCGCGGCCGCCGCAGAGCUCCCUGCCUCCUCCGGAAAGGCGAGGGCGCAGGCCAACGGCGAGCCCCCCCCGGCCGGGCCCCAGACCCUCCUCCUCCUCCUCCUCCUCCUCUUCCUCCUCCUCCUCCCCCGCACCCACCGCCCCCGCCUCGGCCUGCCUGCCGCGCCUCCGCAACGCCCAGUCUGCACCGCCGAGAGCUGCGCGCCGCAGCGCUAGCGGAGGAGAGGGGCCGGCGGAGCGCGCAGCGCCCAGGCCCCCGCGCCCGCCCGGCCCGGCCCGCGCCCCCGCGCCGCCUCCGCCGCGGCCGCACCACUUGGCGAUUUGGCUUCAGGUUCUCUGUAAGGCCGUUUUCUUUUCUCACUCGCUCAUCUGCCAGGAAAAAGGACUUGCAGUCGGUGCUUCGGCCUCUCGUUCAUUGAGAAAAAAAAGAGGAAAUACUCCGCGUGUGCUUUUAGAAGGGGGGUCGCCUCCAACCCCGAACCCCGGAGUGUUCAUCGGCGGGGAAUUUGGCUCCGAAUUUUCCUCUCGUUUUUUCCUCCCGCCGCUCGCUCGGAAGUUGGACUGAGACAGAGUUUGGAAAGAAGGAAAAAAAGUUUGCAUCGGCGCUGGAUUUAUUUGCACAUCGCAGAAGAGAAUCCAAGGGAAGAGGGGUUGCUGCAAAGCCGCGAUCACGGAGUUCAGAUGUGUUCUAAGCCUACUGGAGUGACCACACUUUCAAGACCUGAUGGAGGCCAGAGCUCAGAGUGGCAAUGGGUCACAGCCCUUGGUGCAGGCGCCCCGUGACAGUGGCAGGCAGCGUGGAGAGCCCGACCUCAGAGACACCCUCACCCAGCAGGUACAUGUGUUGUCUCUGGAUCAGAUCAGGGCGAUCCGAAACACCAAUGAGUACACAGAGGGGCCUACUGUGGUCCCAAGGCCUGGGCUCAAGCCUGCUCCUCGCCCCUCCACUCAGCACAAACAUGAGAGACUCCACGGUCUGCCCGAGCACCGACAGCCUCCCAGACUCCAGCACUCGCAGGUCCAUGCUUCUGCGAGAGCCCCUCUGUCCAGGUCCAUCAGCACGGUCAGCUCAGGGUCACGGAGCAGUACGAGGACAAGUACCAGCAGCAGCUCCUCCGAACAGAGACUCUUAGGACCAUCCUUCUCAGCGCCGGUUGGUGAUGGAAUAAUCCGGGUGCAGCCCAAAUCUGAGCUCAAGCCAGGUGAGCUUAAGCCCCUGAGCAAGGAAGAUUUGGGCCUGCACGCCUACAGGUGUGAGGACUGUGGCAAGUGCAAAUGUAAGGAGUGCACCUACCCGAGGCCUCUGCCAUCAGACUGGAUCUGCGACAAGCAGUGCCUUUGCUCGGCCCAGAACGUGAUUGACUAUGGGACUUGUGUGUGCUGUGUGAAAGGUCUCUUCUAUCACUGUUCUAAUGAUGAUGAGGACAACUGUGCUGACAACCCAUGUUCUUGCAGCCAGUCUCACUGUUGUACACGAUGGUCGGCCAUGGGUGUCAUGUCCCUCUUUUUGCCUUGUUUAUGGUGUUACCUUCCAGCCAAGGGUUGCCUUAAAUUGUGCCAGGGGUGUUACGACCGGGUUAACAGGCCUGGAUGCCGUUGUAAAAAUUCAAACACAGUUUGCUGCAAAGUUCCCACUGUCCCCCCCAGGAACUUUGAAAAACCCACAUAGCAUCAUUAAUCAGGAAUAUUACAGUAAUAAGAAUAUUUUUUAACCCACAUAUGCAACCAACUAAAACAGUUAUAAUCUUGGCACUGUUAAUAGAGGGUUGGGGAUAGUCUUUGCUGUUUGCAGUGAAAUGCUUUUUGUCCAUGUGCCAUUUUAACUGAUGUGCUUGUUAGAACUCAGCUAAUGGAGCUCAAAGAAUGAGAUACAGAACUUGGUGACCCACAUAUUGCAUAAGCUAAAGCAACACAGACACUCCUAGGCAAAGUUUUUGUUUGUGAAUAGUUACUUGCAAAAUUUGUAAAUUAGCAGAUGACUUUUUUUCAUUGUUUUCUCCAGAGAUAAUGUGCUAUAUUUUUGUAUAUACAAUAAUAUUUGCAACUGUGAAAAACAAGUUGUGCCAUACUACAUGGCACAGUCACAAAAUAUUAUACUAAUAUGUUGUACAUUCGGAAGAAUGUGAAUCAAUCAGUAUGUUUUUAGAUUGUAUUUUGCCUUACAGAAAGCCUUUAUUGUAAGACUCUGAUUUCCCUUUGGACUUCAUGUAUAUUGUACAGUUACAGUAAAAUUCAACCUUUAUUUUCUAAUUUUUUCAACAUAUUGUUUAGUGUAAAGAAUAUUUAUUUGAAGUUUUAUUAUUUUAUAAAAAAGAAUAUUUAUUUUAAGAGGCAUCUUACAAAUUUUGCCCCUUUUAUGAGGAUGUGAUAGUUGCUGCAAAUGAGGGGUUACAGAUGCAUAUGUUCAAUAUAAAAUAGAAAAUAUAUUAACGUUUGAAAUUAAA